CCCACUUCUACGCUGUGGAACACUCAUUGGGAAAGGCUGAGUGAGUCAUAAGGAGACGGAGACUUCCGUCUUCACUAUUCAGUGGAACAAAGUCACAGCCGGUGGGAACGAGUAUACACUUAUAGACAUCGAAGAACGGAACGCCAAGUCGCCGACUCGCUGACCGCCCUGCCGCCGACUCUUGGCCGCCUCCUGCCCUGCCCCUGCAAGUGUCAAGUGCUCAGUCGAUCACUCCCCACUUCAUCAGCCUUCUGGUGCCUCCGCUCUGCUUACUGCGAUUCAGCGCUUCACGCUUCAGCCUGCUAGAUUGUCAGCUCAGCAUGGUGGGGUUCAAGAAUAGAUACAUGGUAAUGGAAGUAUUUUUGGAUCCAAAUAAGGACAUUGUGGGAAAUGACCCUAUUAUUAUCACACAAUUCAAUCUCUCAAAAUCUAUCAAAGAUAGCAUUCUGGUGAACUUUGGAGAGUGUGGUCUAGCCUCUUCGCUCAACUCAUUUCAAGUGAAGUAUGUCAACCCUAUAACAAAAGUUUUCAUCAUCAGAGCAUCCAGGGAAGAUUAUAAAGAAGUUUGGGCUGCAAUCACCUUAAUUAGGAAUAUAGGGAACUGCCCUGUGGUAUUCAACUUAUUGGAUCUGAGUGGAAGUAUCAAGGCCUGCAAAAAUGCUGCUUUGAAGUGUGAAAUGUCAAAGUUUGAGCACUAUAAGUUGCUAGGUGGAAGCAAUCUUAAUGGAGAUGUGGAGCAGCAGAUGACUAAUUGUCUUGAAAAGAUCAAAGUUUUGGAGCACUGAAAUAUGAAACAAGUGUAAUCCUCCAUUUUUGUUUUCAUUCAUCACUGAUAAUGCCAUUUUCCCUAUUCCCUAUUUUCGCUAUACACUAUCUAUAUAAGGAAAGGUUUCUAUAUUAAGAAGGUGAAAAGACUUUUAUAUUAAGAUCCAAAUAUGUGUUGGAGCUUAAAACCAUUCAAAUUACACAGAAAU